AUGUUCCUACGCAGGUCUGGUGCGCAAGCGACCGGAGGCCGAGGGGGUAGCGUCUACGUCGUGAUAAACUUAAACGACUUUGGCGAAGGCAGCCUCCGUGAUGCCGUAUCAGAGUCGAAUCGAAUUGUCGUGUUCGCAGUUGGCGGCUUCAUUACAAUUAGUGACCGUAUCGUUGUUUCCAAUCACGUUACCAUUGCUGAGCAGACAAGUCUAAUAAAUUGCGACUCCGGGAAAGACGCCAUAACCAUAGCCAACGGCGAAAACAUGAUUUUCGGUCACGUCAGUGUCUCCUGGGGCCGAGCUCCAUCAACGGCAACUAUCAUAGCACAAGGCCUGGAAACACAUUCCUGCGGCGGUCUGAUUCAAACAGACGGAGGUGUCAGUAUUCUCCGUUCACUGUACAUCGACAAUCAGACGCGGAACCCAAAAGUGAAAGGCGUCAAUGACUUCGUCAACAACGUCGUGUACAAUUGGGGUGGCGGUGGCGGUUACAUUGCUGGAGACUCGGCCGGACAAUCAUACACGAAUAUUAUCGGAAAUGUCUUCAUCAGUGGACCAUCAACAUCUAUACAUCCUUUCACUAGCGGUAACGAGAACUUCCACGCCUAUAUGUCCGACAACUAUUACGAUCCCGACCAGGACGGCACCUCGAACGGGUGGGUUCUGUCAGCGAUCACUGACAACUAUUCCGACAUCGAUUUCCAAACAUCCCGGUACAACUAUCCGACUGUCGUUACCCUGUUAAGUUCUUCUCAGGUUCUAGCUUCCGUCAGUGCAUCCGCUGGCGCAAGCAAGGUUAGAGAUCGCGUCGAUACGUACCUGAUUGGGACAGAACUUGGAUUACUGGGCACCCAGGGUGCGCUAAUAUCAGACCCAACGACCUCACCGAUCAAUGGUCCGGGGCCUAUUGACGGAGGAACAGCGCUGACAGAUUCAGAUGGCGAUGGUAUUCCGGAUGUCUAUGAGUCUGCCCUUGGUACAAAUCCCAAUGUUGCCGACUCCGCGACCAUCGCAUCUAAUGGUUAUGCCAAUAUCAAGAACUACUUUAACUCCUUGGCAUCGAAAACAUCGGAAGCAGAUAGCCAGUAGGUGUAAGAGGUGGCAACGAUAACGGGAUAAAGCAACGAUAAGCAAGCAGUAAGGGGGAGAGCAGAUAUGAC